GUCGAAAGCUGAGGGGAAAAGCCUUCUAUUUUGUCAAUGGCAAGGUGUUCUGUGAAGAAGAUUUCCUGUAUUCUGGUUUCCAGCAGUCAGCUGACAGGUGUUUCAUUUGUGGUCACUUGAUAAUGGACAUGAUCCUGCAGGCUCUAGGGAAAUCAUAUCAUCCAGGCUGCUUCCGAUGCGUGGUCUGCAACGAGUGUCUGGAUGGUGUGCCAUUCACUGUAGACUCUGAAAACAAAAUCUACUGUGUCAGAGAUUACCACAAAGUUUUAGCUCCAAAGUGUGCAGCGUGUGGACUUCCCAUUCUGCCCUCCGAGGGGUCUGAUGAGACCAUUCGGGUUGUGUCCAUGGACAAGGAUUACCACGUGGAAUGUUACCACUGCGAGGACUGUGGGAUGGAACUGAACGACGAAGACGGGCAUCGCUGUUACCCACUAGAUGAACAUUUGCUUUGUCACUCCUGCCAUCUGAAACACAUAGAGAAUGGCACUACCCCAGCAGCUGUGUACCAGCACCACUACUAGCCAGUGUGGCUGACAUGGGAAAGCCCAGACAGAAGACUUGUUACGUGAUCUCCCUCUCCCCACCCUCAGUUGAUUUCCUGUGCAUGUUUUUCGCCAGUCGGCAAUGCUUCUGUAAAAGGAUGUGAGAGAUUUUUGCUGGAUUCCCAGAGUCUGUAUGCUUCUGAGUUCCAGCUGUGUCAAACCACAUCUACUUGACCAGGAAUGUUGACAUGUUAUCUAAACUGAUCAGUUUACUUUUAUGUGCCUUUUUCUGGUCUCUGGAGAUUCGUCUUGGCUCAUUUUGGAAGAUUCUUCAGUGAAAGCACAACUUGCUGUCAUGCCUAUGAACUCAGCUUGUGCUGUGCACAAUUAAAAAGCCAGAGGCUGGCUUGCUUGCCUGGCUGCCGGGGACAUCCCAUCAGUCUACUAAGCGUUUCCUGACAAGCACAUUUCAUCAGAUUCCCUGAAGGACAUCAACCUAUUAAUACCAAUUUUUAGACAUGCUCUCUCUCUUUUUAUUAAUUCUUUAGGAAAAGAAAAGAAAGG